AUGGUAUUGAGCGGUGUCGGAGACGCACUAGGCUACAAGAACGGCUCCUGGGAGUUCUGUCGAUCGGGGGAGAGAAUCCAUGCUGAGGCGAAGGAGCUCGGAGGAAUAGGGGGCGUUGCCGUAAACCCUAAGGGGUGGAUGGUGAGCGAUGACACCGUCAUGCACAUCGCAACAGCCGAGGCCCUCCUCACCGAGUGGUCAGACAGCGACCAACUCUACUCCGCCAUCGCUCUCAAGUACAAAGAGUGCAUGCGGGAUAUGGCUGGGAGGGCUCCUGGUCUUACUUGCAGCAGCAAAGUCCACAUGCUGAAGCCCCAUGCAAAGGAAGGAUGGGUGAUCCCGUUCGACAGGAAAGGUGGAGGGUGUGGCGCAGCCAUGAGAGCCGCUCCUAUUGGCCUGUACUUCUGGAGACCCGAACAGCUGGACAAACUGGUGUCAGUCUCCAUUGAGUCGGGACGGAUGACCCACCAUCACCCGACUGGCUACCUGGGCUCACUGGCCGUGGCUCUCUUUGUGUCCUACUCGGUCCAGAAGAGACCACUCCGGGAAUGGGGCGCUGGACUCCUGCGCACUCUGGACACGGCCAAGCAGUAUAUCAUCCAGCACAGUCCUCAGAGAGACCACAAGGAGCACAUGGACAACUGGACCUACUUUGAGCAGCACUGGAAGGACUACCUGGCUCUGCGACAGCUCACCUCGGGGAAGACGGACGCCGUGUUUGAAGACCACGACGUGAAGAGUGUCAAGGAGAGAGACGCUUCUACAAGAGCUUGA